AUGACUAAUCCUAAUGCAGUAGCUGACAAUAGAGAUACUGAGAAAGAGUUGAAAAUAAAACUAGAGAAAUGGAGUUUGAUUGAAGAAACUGCUAUACAACAAAAAUCUAGAGUCCAGUGGCUAAGAACAGGGAUGCAAAUACUGCAUAUUUUUUUUGCACAGUUGAAGAAUAGAGUGGCUCAAAAUACGAUUACUAGUCUCUUGACAUCAGAUGGCACCAGAAUCUUUGCACUAGAGGAGUUAGAAAAUGAAAUUCUAAUAUUUUACAGAGAGCUCUUAGGGAAGUCUGCGGCUAUCUUGCCAAGUGUUGAUGCAACCGUAAUGCAAUUAGGACAUACACUGAAUAGAGAACAACAACAAAUGUUGGCAGCAGAAGUCACUGUGGAUGAAAUAGAGCAGGCUCUUAAGGAUAUUAGUGAUCUUAAAGCACUCGGGGAUAUUCAAUCUGUGAAAUGUUUAUAUGACUGCUUCAAGCAGUUUUCCGAAGCUUCGGGGCUGGUGGAAAAUAUUGAGAAAAGCAAUGUGUAUUUUGGUGGAGUGCAACAAACAGCUCAAGACCAGAUACUACAAGAACUACGGUUGUAA